GUAAACAUGGCUAAUAAAAGAAAAUCACUGUGUAUUGACGAAAAAGUUUUACUGAUACGCGCAAUAGAAACGGGAGAGAAGAUAAGUGAUGUUGGCAGACGCUUUGGAUUUAGUCGCUCUACCGUGUCCACAAUAUGGAAAAACAAAGAAAAAAUCCUCCACGCUGAAGGCGAGGGAAAAAAUUCCAAAAAAUUAAAGAAACCUAUAUACGAAGAUUUGGAUCAAGCUGUACUAUCAUGGUUUCACCGACAGCGUCAGAAUAAUAUGCCUAUCUCGGGGCCGCUCGUGAAAGCUAAGGCGGAGAAUUUUGCUGAAGAACUUGGUUUAACUUCUUUCAAAGCAUCAGAAGGAUGGCUCGGAAAAUUCAAGCAGCGUCAUCACAUCAACUAUGGUAAAAUAAGUGGGGAAGCACGAAGUGUUGAUACAAAUGUGACUCAUGAUUGGAUUAACAGAGUGUGGUCAAAAUUCAUAGAAAAAUACGCCCCAAGUGACAUUUUCAAUGCUGAUGAAGCAGGAAUUUUCUAUAAGUUGACUCCAGAUAAAACUCUGAAAUUUAAAGGGGAAAAGUGUGUGGGAGGAAAGCUUUCCAAGGAACGUAUUACGGUGCUUGUGGCUGCUAAUAUGGAUGGCACAGAAAAAAAAAAGCUAAUGAUAAUAGGCAAAUCGAAAAAUCCGCGCUGUUUUAAGAACAUUAAAAAAUUGCCAGUGACGUAUAAAGCUAAUAAAUCAGCUUGGAUGACCAGUCAACUUUUUGAAGAAGAAGUGCGAAAGUGGGAUGCAGAAUUGAAGGGACGAAAAAUUUUACUUCUUGUUGACAACUGCCCUGCCCACCCGUCUAUAUCAAACCUUCAAAACAUAGAGUUGGCAUUUCUUCCUCCAAAUACGACUAGUGUCUUACAGCCAAUGGACCAGAGUGUGAUUAAAAGCCUCAAGGGUCACUACAGAAGGAAAUUAUUGAUGGAGCUAGUCAAAUCUGAGGGUAAAACUUCUGUUAAUAUGCUACAUGCAGUAAAUUUUUUAUCUAAAGCCUGGGAAGAAGUGACACCCACAACUAUACAGCACUCUUUUCGACAUGCUGGACUUUGUACCAAUUCUACGAGUGAUGAGGUGGAAACAGAACCUGAGUUUGAAAGCGACGACGACCUUCCAUUAACUGAGUGGAUUCAACAGUUCAACAUGACAGGAAAUACGGUAAAUCUUUAA